GAACCCGUCGGCGUUGGUUUGUUUAUGUGAAAAGUUUCGUAUUUUUCUGCAAAAGCUAUUUGUUUUGAGUGAGUUCGGGACGAUAAUUUUGUGUUUGAUGUGUAAAAUAUAAAUUCUUCAUUCUAGUUAAGCUUUACGCACCCGUCCCCGUGUGUAACAGCCGCCAUCAUGAUCGAUGAUCCGCAUUUCAUCGAUGCCAUGGUGCAUGAGCUCAAGUCUCAAGGUCUUUUCGAUCAGUUCCGGAAAGAGUGUUUGGCCGACGUGGACACGAAGCCCGCCUAUCAGAACCUGCGGCAGCGCGUGGAAGGGACGGUGAACAAGUUUCUCGGGCAGCAGGAAUGGUCCGACAACAUCCGGUACAAAAACCAGCUCCGAGAGCAGCUGCGUAAAAACAUUAUCGAAUCGGGCUUUUUGGACACCGGUGUGGAGCGAAUAGUGGAUCAGGUAGUGAACCCCAAAAUAGCUACCAUUUUCCAGCCAAAGGUGGAAGAGAUUGUGUACAACUAUCUCGGCAUCGAGAAGCCCAAAUCAUCCGUCAACGGGAAUGAGCAGACAGCGGCAAGGCCAGAAUCGUUGCUGGAAGACCUGGAAGCGGUGAGCCCGGACUCGGACAAAAAGUCCGAUGGAAGUCUCACACCAUCUCCACCACCACUGCCGCCUCAACCACCGCCGCCGGAAGAGCCGGAGGAGCAUGGGGUCGAGAAUAUGGACAUCGACGAGGAGGACGAUGCGCUGGACGAGUCGAAGGAGCAGGACGAUUUCGAAUCGCCCGCCUUCGAACCGCUCGAAAUGCGAUCGCCCAGCAAACCGAAGGAAGAUACGAACGAUUCCAACUCGUCCGUUAUCAGCGGGCUAACGUCGCAGGAGUCGGUAGAGAGCGACGAUAAGCCCGAACAUAAUCCGAUGGCCGACGCCGGGUCCGCCAAGCAAUCCACCAGUGUGCCUCCGAGCGAAGAGCAGGAAACGCCAACGACGAAAGAUUCCGAGUUCAGCCAGGAAGUGGCGCCCACAAAUGACUCGCAGCUGUCGCAGGUGUCCAGCAACAGUCAGCUGCUAACGGCGACGGCCGCAUCCUCCAGCGAGGAAGCUCAACCUCCAGAGGAGAACGAACGGCUGGACAUUACCGAGGAAGCGCAAAUGCCAACGCUGUUCAGCAGCUCCACCGACAAGCUUUCCAGCUCGAACGAAAGCGAACAGGAGGGGAAAGAAGCGGGUAAGAAGAUUACGUUCGAUUUCAAGAAGGAUGAGUACGAUUUCGUUGGCACUGAGCGUCCGUCAGCAAUGACCUUGGGUGAGGAAAGUAACGCCGAAGGUAAUCGCGAGCCAGAUCCAGAAGAAGACAGCAGCACCCCGACGGCUACGCCUACGGAAACACCAACAGAAACACCAACCAAGCCCAAAGACUCCGAAGAGCCGAACCUCACACUGCAGGAUGAGGAAACGUCGCAAUCGGAACAUUCGCUUAAAAUUUGCGAAGACUCGUUCAGUGACGACAAUACGAAAGAUUCCCAGUCCAAAGAUGCUCCCGCCUCGGUUCAGGAUAGUCCGUCGAAGAUGAAAGGACUUACCGACGCCAGCAGCUGCAGCGUGAAGAGCGAUGACGGUGGUAAAAAUGUUACUGCAACUCCGGCAGAUGAUAAGAAAGAUGAACAGGUUCCACCCGAACCGGAACCCGAAGCUGCGAGUGAUGAACAAAAGCCGGAAGAGAAGGAAAUGGAAGAAACAAAGGAGGAAAAAGUACAGGAAGAUACCGAACGGAAGGAUAAAAGUCCAAAAUCCGACAAAGACGACGACGAUCACUACCAAGAGCAUCGCAAGCAUGAACCGAACCGUCGAUCGAGCGAUCGUGAUUCGGAGGAUGGUAACGAUAAGCACGAUUCGGGCGGGUCAGCAGCACCAUCGGCGAACGGUACAGCAGAGAAGCCAAAUCCCUCCGCACAGGAAUCCAGUGAGAAAGCACCCGAGAAGGAAAAAUCCCCCGCAAAAGAGCCUACAGAUGGGAUCGACCCACUGAUGCUAAGCAAGGAGCGGGACCGACUUUGCGGCUCCGUCACACCGACCGGUGAAGGAGCGCCCAUGGAUUCAUCCUCCUCCGGCAUCCAGUCGGGCGACGAUUCGGAGAAGAGCCCUGAAACGCUCAAAUCGUACAGCAAGCCGGAAUCGAUCGUGCUCCCCGUGCAGCCAGUCGUAAUCGAUCAGAUGCUGACGAGCAUGGAGGACGACAAAAUCGAACGACUGCUCAACGGCGAAACACACACGAACGAUGCAACGCUCGAAUCGCUCAAGCGGCAAUGGCAGUCGACGGAGGGCAGGAUCCGAAAGCCCAAAUUUGCUUCCAACUUUUCCGAAGCGCGUCGGCUGAUGAAAGUGCGCAAGCAGAUGCAGCGCCAGGAGCAGAAAUGUCGCGAGCAGGCGCUAGCGAUGGCGAAAAAGUACAUCAGCGAAAGCAAAGCAUUCGGCGGCCGCUGUAUGGAGGAUCAGGGCAUUGAGCUGGAGUUUGUGUGCGACGGGACGCGUAAAUCGCCCGGGCCGACCAUUUCUUCCCCAAUUCCGAAGGCGGAACCGACGGGGGAGAGUGUGCAGGUGGGCGGAGGGAGCGAUGCGGAGCUACGGUACUUCCCCGAGGAGCAGGAAGUGUUCCAGCUCGACGAGAAGCGGCUCGACUUUCUGCGCUCCAAGACGGAGGGCGUCACGUUCGGUAAGAACUUUAAGGUGCAGCAUUACCGUACGAUCGUCUACUCGCUUACCGUGGCAACGCCAAAGGUAGCGAAACGAGCUGCCACGCCGGGUGCGGCGGGCAGUGGCAAGGCAAAGCGUACCGCGACCGUUAACGGGGUGGCGAAAAAGCUGGACCUUACGGUGGAAGACGAAAGCAAGCGGGCCGGUUUGGCGACGAUCCGCAAGCAACGAUCCAUCAGGAAUCGGUUGGUUGAGAAAAGCACACCACCGUCCGUCGGAACGGACGCAUAAGAAGGGCGUGUGUGUGUUUGUGUGGAUGUGCAUGUGUAGAGUAACUAUUAAAGGCGUAGUCAGACAAAGACAACAAUGUCCAGUUUCCAAGGGAGGGUUUUAUUAACUGUUAGGCUUUGAUUUGGAUGAUCAUUACGAGAGUAAAUAAAGAGUUAUAUUAGUUUUA